AUGUUUCGGCUGCUUCCUUCCUGGUCCUCUGCAAUCGGGGGGAACAAGGUAAUGACUGAAGAGGUCAAGAUGCUCGCCGCCGCAUCGCAUUGCGCCGCCCCUGGUGUCAACGGCUUCGCCAUACCCCAGCUCAAGCGCAAGCGAUCGGACUCUAGUGAUUCAGCGACAACGCGAGAAGCUCCAGUCGCAACAAAGUUCCGAACAGACGAUAACCCUCAAAAACCUAUUACCUUUCAGCAGCACGCUUCUACGACAUCCAAAGGCGAUUCAGCAAGCAUACCAACAGAGAUUCCGACCGGUCGGACUUGUGAGCGCGCGGUCGCAGACUCGCCUUCUGAGUCUUCUGAUGGAGGCCACCCUGAUCCGUCUGUAUCGCGCGACAACCAGAAGGCUGCGGUGCGCAAAGUCGACGUGGAUCGCUUGCGCGAAACCCUGGAAGCGCAACUGAGCCUUGAGGUGCUACUUAAACACAACGAACUACGGUUGAUCGACCAGGAAAUCGCCAAGUGUCAGGUCGCGUUGGAACAGUUGCGCCGAUGCGCAGAAAUACCUUACCCCGGCUCUCAAGCUGCUGGUCUUUCGCAGUCUGUCAGCUCUGGCACUGGAGUAUCGGUUUGGGGUCCUGGAAAUGGACCUGCGCCGCUUUCUCCAGCGCCCUGGGGCGUCGUGAAUGGUCCUUAUACGCGCCACUACUCUAGAUGGCUGCUACCCGAUUCUCGUUUCGAUGGCGGCGAGUUGGAGCCCGCGACGCCGAUGGGCGUUGGCGCGACGACUCCUAUGGAAGGCCGCUCGACGCGUGGGAACCCUAUCGAUACCGCUUACCUCGCUGGCAAGACUACGAGACCUCAACGAGGUUCGACUGGAGCGAAGCUUCAGUCGCUGCCUAGCGGUUAUCCAGCGCCAAAGGAACGAGCUGGGCCGAUGAUCAUCCGACGGAAAUCGGAUAACGUUCUUGUCAAGCUUAUUUGUCUUGAUUGCCGAAGAGACAACUUUUCCAGCACUCAAGGUUUCAUUAACCACUGUCGUAUCGCUCAUAACCGCAAUUUUGCGAGCCAUGACGCGGCGGCGGUCGCAUCGGGAGAGCCUGUUGAGGUGGAUGAGGCUGGUGCCGUUGUUGGUGGCAAGAGUGAGCCCACCACUGGUGUCAGCCCGGGAUUCGUCCAUCCCCUGAUUCGAUCUGCGCAUGUGAUUGAAUCUACACCCCGGACGCCGUCUGCUUCGGAUUCGUCAAAACGGGAUCCUCAGAGCGGCAGUUUAUCCGCGGUGGAAACACCUCGUAUUACUCCGUCCCAGACACCGCUGGGACCCAAAACUCCUACAAUGGCGAAAGCCACACACGAUGCCUUUACCGCCUCGGAAGAUACUCCUCAUCUAUCAUCCUUGAUGAAGCUCCGGGGUGUUGGGCUUGAUCUUGGCCAGCUGGUUGGCGAGGCGAAGACGACGGUCGACCUCGAUGGAUAUUCUUCAGAAGAGGACGAAUCAGAGUCGGAGCCAACAUCACCAUCUACCGAGGCCAAAGCUAGCUCGAAACCGUUGGCGACACGAGCUGGACGGCAGCCCAUGCGAACAACCGCUUCACAAACUGCCUCUCAGCGGCCAGACGGGCACAAGGGUGUUGAAAAGCACAACCCUAAACCACUUUCCUUGGAGACAUCGACUCCUACCCGACCCGCAAUGCCCUAUCAAUCCCCGUAUGCGCCCGCGGACUCCCAUAUGAACGAUGUCGACGGGGUUGAGCUAAGCCCACACACUGUGGAGUCAAACCAAGCCCCGAGUCUUGUGAGUGAUGAUGACGACUUUGAAGCAGGGUCCGAGUCAGACAGCCCUGGGCCUAGCUCAUCCGAAGCGGAAGAUGGCGAGGGCGACUUUAGCCUUGUUGAUGUUGAAGACGACGACGACGCCACGGGAUCCACAACCACCAACGAUUCGAACCCGAAGCCGGAUGUUGGAAUGGCUAGUGGUGCAAAGGCCAUGCCUCGCGGCAAUAUACGAAAGAAGGGCCAGUUUAUAUCACCAUCGGUUGUCCCGCUCAGUCGGGAAAAGGACGAGAAGCGCGUGAGCUUUGUGAGUCCUGGCUCGAGUCCAGCAGGUCCUGGCAAGGACAAGAAGGAUAAGCGACGAUAA